AUGUAUUGUGGAGCUAAGCUGUUUCCUCAUGAGACUAAUCAGUUCUGUUGUUUGAAUGGAAAAGUCAGUCUACCGAAUCUGCCGGUACCUCCAGAACUUAUGUUGUUGUAUAAUGUACAAUCAGAACUUGGAUUUCAUUUUAGGCAUAAUAUUCGUGCAUACAACCAUGUUUUCUCCUUCACAUCGAUUGGGGUACGUAUCGACCAUAACACAGCUAAUCUUAGAAAGGGAGUGUAUACAUAUCGUGCUCAAGGUACCAUGUAUCACAAGAUUGGGAGUCUCAUACCCGAACCAAGUGAUAGACCAAGGUUCCUUCAAAUGUACAUAUACGAUACUGAACAUGAAUUAGAGAACCGAAUAAAAGAGCAACAGUUUGCUGCCAAGAAUGACAAGGGAAAGGAUCAGGAUCAGGAGUCAACAUCAAUUGAAGAACCGCUUAACAGGGAAGUGCUUGCCAUCUUGAAAGGAAUGUUGGACAGAUACAACCCGUAUGUCCGUGUUAUUUGUCAGAUUGCACAAGGUAAUGAAUUGCAUAAUGUUCGUCUACAUAUAAAAGAGCAACCAACGUAUCACCGUCAAUAUAACAUGCCAACAUCACCGCAAGUACCUGCUAUCUUAGUUGGCGGAGAAGAACCGAGUGAAGUGCUUCCCAGGGACAUCAUCGUUGAAACAAAUUCCGGGCAACUUCUGAAUGUACCCGAUAUGACAUGUUUCUACGAUCCACUUCAAUACCCAUUGCUACUUCAUUAUGGGAGUUUUGGUUGGGAUUUGACAAUUUUCUCCAACAACACUAGAAGGAUCAGUUGUCGAGCAUAUUAUGCAUAUAUGCUACAGAUUCGAGAAAAUGAUGACUCGAUUCUGUUAUGUGCUAGGAAACUGCUACAGCAAUACGUGGUCGAUAACUACGUGAAGAUCUCAACAAUGAAGUUGAAAUGGGUUCGAGAUAACCAAAGGACAUUCCGAGAUGAUUGGUACUCUGGCGCUCUUGACGCCGCAGAUGCAAAUACGGACUAUCCCUUUAUCUUUCAGAUUUCUCUAAAUUUUGGUGGUUAUUUGCAGGUGAUAUUGGACAGCGGGUUAUUCUGCCUUCAAGAUAUGCAUCAAAGAAACGAGGUCUACCACAUUCUUAUCAUUCUCGAUGAAAGAGACAAGCUACGUAGCCCAGACUAUGAUACAGUUGUUCGAGCAGAAAUACCCGAUCCGAAUGUUGAACCAGAGCUGUACGAGGCUGUCCUGAAACACAUGAUACAUAUGCCAUGUUCAUUAUCGACUGAUAGUGUUUGUAAGAAGAAUGAGAAGUGUAAGAAAAAAUUUCCGAAGAAUUUUGCACCAGCAACUCUAGAAGGUGAGGAUUCGUAUCCAGUCUAUAGAAGGCGAGAUGAUGGUAGAGAAGUUACACUCCACAAUGGGAAAGUGGUGAAUAACAGUUGGGUCGUACCGUAUAAUCCAUGGCUUUUAAUGAAGUACGACUGCCAUAUCAAUGUGGAUAUCUGCUCAAGUGUGAAAUCUGUGAAAUAUUUGUACAAAUAUGUUUGGAAAGGGUUAGAUUGUGUAUGCAUGGAGGUUUCGAGCGAGAAAGGUGUCGAAGAUGAGAUCAAGCAGUAUGUAGAUGCCCGUUGGAUCUGCCUGCAAGACGCACUCUGGAGAAUAUACAAGUAUCAUAUGAAUAAGAUUUCUCCACCUAUAGUCUCAUUACAAAUACACCUCAAGGAUCAACAAAAGAUUUUACUUUCAGAAGGGCGGACUGUGCGAGAUGUGCUGCAGCGAGAGAAGGCAUCCCGUACAAAGCUUACUGAGUAUUUUAAGAAAAAUGCAGAAGAUGAGUUUGCAAGAACCCUUUUAUACAAGGAAUUUCCGGACCAUUAUGGUCCCAACUUUUUUGAGGACCUGCUAAAGGUAGGUUCUGUUACCUUUUCGACGUACAGAGAAGUGGUGCAACAUCUUAGUUUGAUAGAAAGUGAUAUUGCCAUGCGUGAUACACUUCUUGAAGCAACACAAGUGCAGAUGCUUUAG